AUGCAGGAUGACAAAGAUAAGUACUGGUUGGCUACUAACAGCCAUGCGAGCGCACGUUUAAACCUCCAGCACUUCUGGAACCAACUUUCCUGCGGAUAUUUGAUUCACCCUGAUAUUGCGGUCAAUGACAGUGCCAGAAUCGCGGACAUUGGAACUGGUACAGGGCAAGUUCUUUAUCGUGUUCUACAAGAGCAAUCAUCAUUGCUAACAUGGCGGCGAAGAAUAUGGCCCCUUUCUCUAUCCGCAAAAUUACCCUCCACUGUACAAUUGGACGGGUUCGACAUUACUGAUGCGCAGUUUUCACCCAAAGUGUGGCUUCCAACCAACGUCAGAUUAGUAAAAUGGAACAUUCUCGAGUCUGUGCCGGAGCAUCUACUGGGACAAUACGACAUUGUCAACAUCAGAUAUUUUGCGCUCGUGGUUCGAAAGGGAAAUCUUGACAAUUUGCUGAACAACCUGAUUUCUUUACUCAAGCCCGGAGGGUAUCUUCAAUGGAUCGAGAUCAACAUCGCGGAGCAGCAGAUUGUUUCCGCCCAGCCCGACGCAUCUAUGGCAGCGACAUCUGCUUUCAAUGAGGAUGGGAAGAAGGCAAUUGCGACCAUGGGAGUCAGCUUUGACUGGCUGAAUAACCUCGCGAGCAUCUUCCGAGAAUUCGGACUGGUGGACGCAAGUCAAUUCAAGCCCGAUCCAAUUCCCGCACUGCGACCGAUAUCAUCCUAUGUUGCUAUUGGGGGGUGGGAGGAGUUCAGUCACAAUGUCUUAGAUAAGAAGGGGGCGCAUCCUCUACUUGGUAGCGGACAAGACCUGCGCCGACGGUUGAAUGAGGUGCGCAAUGAAACUCAGACUGGGGCCGCAAUCGAGCAAUUGCACUAUGUCACAAUUGGCAAGCGCCCGGUCUGA